UCAUCGCCACUCAGUAGAUCAACGGAACAAAAUGGCGGCCGUGGCUGCGGAGCCAGGAGCUGCGGUUCCGACCACAACACGGUCCGAGAUUCUGCCGGAACCCGGACCGUACAGCCCCGCACAUCACGAGAUUCCGGCGGAACCCAGCGACGGCCCAGAAUCCAGUCCAGGCGGGAACCCAGACAACGGAGAAUCCAGGGAGAGCCGCCAUGUUGGUCCGGAGCAGAACCCCGGGGCGGGACCGGUUUUACCCGCGACAGACGGAACCAUAGAGGGUCAGCUAGACCGGAGCGGGACCACAGAAGAUGUGUUGAACCGGAGCGGCGUCCACCCGGACCAAACCGCGACCACAGGCCUUUCGAACCUCCCGGUGGACUGCAGCGGUUCUGAGAGGGUCUUUCCCGGACUGCCGAACUCAGGCAGUACCAGUACCUAUCAAACCAUUCCCCUGGACCCGCAACCCCCCGCAGUUUUUCUGCACUCGGUUCCGGACCCCGCUCCGGUCUCUGAGGCCGGUAUAUCUCUGGCCGAACCGGCAGAACCUACCGAGACCACGGAACUGGACCGGUGUUACACGAUUCUGGAGCAAGAGGAGUUGGUACCUGGACCUACGGAGGAUUCAGUUUUGGAUGAGAACUCAGAACCCGCCAACGGGUUCUGUAAGAGCUCAGCGAGACCGAAGCUCGAGGAUAGCUCUGGAUCGGAACCGAGUUCUGUGCUGGACCUGAGUCCUGGUGCCGAGGUCCGAGUGAGCCUGGAGCACGUGAUCGAUGACGCGCUGGUGGUGUCGUUCCGGCUGGGGGAGCAGGUCUUCUCUGGGGUUCUGAUGGACGUGUCCAAAAGGUUUGGACCUUUCGGGAUUCCUGUCACUGUGUUUCCCAGACGAGACGACCACUGCCGUCCUACGGCGUCUCUGCAGACGGCCGCCGCUAGCGACAGGCCGAGCACCGAGCUGGACGAGGCAGCCGCCCCCCAGCCAUGCGGCCCCAAGCCGCCGCCGCUGUUCCAGGAGGGGGCGCCAUACCCGCCGCCUUUGUUCAUCAGGGACACCUACCACCAGGCCUUACCUCAGCCGCCGCCUCGUAAGAUCAAGAGGCCGAAGCGGCGUUACCGCAGCGAGGAGCCCACCUCCAUCAUGAAUGCCAUCAAGCUCCGCCCCCGCCAGGUGCUCUGUGAUAAGUGCAAAGGUGUGGUGGCAUCAGGUGGCCAUCGGGAGGCGCGACGGGGGGAGGAGGCGACGCGGCGGCGCCGGCCAGCGGACGCUCCAAUGUCCUCGGAGCUGAAGCGUCUGAAGAUGGACGACAAGUCGGGGCGCAGUACCGACAAGCGGUCGUCAGGGUUACAGGGGCCGCAGUCCUCGCGGCGUGUCCUGAGAGGUGUGGUCUCCUCCUCUUCCUCGACGGCAGCAUCUGGCCGGAUGCGCCUGCAACUGAACUCUAAGAAGGGUUUGACCCCGGCGGCAGACCGUCCCGACGCUCGCAAGGUCCUCCAGAAGUUGGCUCCGCACCGCCGGCCCAAAGACCAGAACCAGGACCGUGGCAAGGCGGUGACCCGGGCCGCGGCGCUGCAGAAUCACGGCCAGAAGGUCCACUUCACCCGCCGCUUGCAGAACCCGGGCGGUGCCACUGUCCCUGGGCCGCUGCCACCCAGAAUGCGCCUCAAACCUCAAAGGUAUCGUACCGACGACCCGGCGCCGAGCUCCGCCUCUGAGGCGUCGCCCCGAACCGCUACAAGCCCCACCCCCUCGCCGCCAGCUCCUCCCACCCCUCCCCCAGCCGCUGUCGCCAUAGAAACGAGUGACGGAGAGGCGCAGGAAGGAGCUGGCUGGCAGGAGGCGGAGCCUCCCCUGCCGUCCUCCUGCUCCCUAGACUCCUCCCACUCAGAGUGCAGCUCCACAGAGACCUUUGACCUCCCGCCCCCCGGGGACCCCCCCUCCUCUUCCUCUGCCCCUCCCCUACCCCCACCUUCCUCUUUCGUCCCUCUGUGCACCCCGCUGGCGGGCGAGGACGAGGAGGACGGCGACCCGAAGCGCCGCAGGAAGUCGUCCACGUCCUCCUCCUCCUCGUCUUCGUCCUCGUCGUCCGUCUUCUCCAAGUCCGUGUCCAAGUGUCUGCUGCCGGACGGCCGCACCGUGUGCGUCGGCGACAUCGUCUGGGCCAAGAUCUACGGCUUCCCCUGGUGGCCGGCACGCGUGCUGGGCAUCACGGUGGCGCGCCGCGGUGACACGGGGCUGGCGGUGCGGCAGGAGGCGCGGGUCUCCUGGUUCGGCUCGCCCACCACUUCCUUCCUGCCGCUGGCGCAGCUCUCGCCCUUCCUCGAGACGUUCCAGUCGCGCUUCGACAAGAAGAGGAAGGGGCCGUACCGCCGGGCCAUCGCCGAGGCCGCUAGCGCCGCCAAGCAGCUGACGCCAGAGCGCGCCGCUGAAGAGCUGCUGACGCUGGAGGCCGGCUUCACGCAGGGGCGGGGUCUGAACACACAUGGACAUCAAUAAUCAAUAUUUAAGGCAGAGUUUAUAUUUAUGAAGAAAAAUCAAUGUAUUGAUCUUACUGCUGUGUUUCCAUGGAUACUAGGUACAGGUUAUAGGUUCUUGCGUCCUUCAAUCAGAAAUUGAUCAGUUGAUCAACUCAGCUUGGCUCCUUAUGGAGAGUUUCCUCACCUGCAGACGCCAUCUUCAGUUGGAACCAGCAGGUGAGGCUCCGCCCCCAACUCCUCACCUGGGUGUGGCUCCAGGUGAAGCGGUGGGAGGGCUGAGCGGCGGCUCCACGCUGCACAGGUCAGAGAAAAUGAUCCGUUCUGAUCCAUUUUCAGACAAAAAUGAAAAAGUGAUAAGUUUUUAUUUGGUUUUGAAUCGGAUGCAAAUUAUUAAAAUGUCGGACCAGAUGUGAUUCUCAUCUUUAUUGAUCGGGUUAACGUGACCCGGAAAUAUUUCUGCGUGAAAUGCCAGAGGUUUAGUUACACUGUGGAGGCGCUGGGGCCAAACAUGGACCUGGCAUGGUCAACAGCAGUCUGAAGCACGCUUCCUUCCUGCUGCGGCUGAGGGACUUCCUGCUCAGAAAUGAGCCGCAGAACAUCAGCAGAGAAGAAGACGUCGGAUGCUGGGGUUGGGUUGAAGUCAACACAGGCUGUGAUGAACUGGGAACCAGUCUGGCAGGACCAUCCCUCACUCCCCUGAAUGAUACCCAAAGCUCUGCUGGACAGGAAGACCGCCUGCGUCCUGUUCCUCUCAGUGUCUGGUUCUGAUUGGACGCUUCAGGUGACCAGGGAGUUUCUUCCUCCUUCACGUCCUCAUCCUCGCUUCAUCCGGUUCUACUCGUAGUUUUCAGCUCAUUUCAGUCUCACGAUGGUUCCUCUGGUCCAGUUUGGUCCGGUUUGCUUGUGCCUAUUCCGUUCUUUUUCUCUGGAAUGGUUGGAUCCGGUCCGUUGUGAUCUGGUCCAGUCCGGUCGGGUCUUUGUCCUCCAGCUACUUUUCUGGAGGCGUGGCAAAGCGCUGGUGAAUUUUGGUCCCAUGAGUCGGCUCUCCAAAUCAGCCAAUCAGAGAACAGGUUCUCUAGCAGCUGAUUCUCCCAGUGACUUGUCAGAUCUGCCCAGUUCCUGGUCCAGUCAAAGUAUUUCAGUGGGAACUAAUGAAUUUAAUCGGGUCAGAGUGGAUAUUUAAACUGGUUUGGUCUGAAAUGGUUUCAAUGUCUGAAUUUAUUUCAAUAUUAUCUGAUUAAAACUGCUAUGUAGUUUAAUCUGAUCUAACCGGGUUAAAACAUGUUUAAAUUGGUUUAAACUGGUCGGAACUGGGUAUUAAUGGUCUGAAAUAGGUUAAAUCAGUUGGAACUGGUUCCACAAAGUUUAACUGCACCAGUAAACAAUCCUUUGAACUGGUGAGAAGUAGAUUAAAUGUGCCUGACAUGGUCAGAACUGGCUAAAACUGGUUUAACUGGUUAUAACUGCCUGACCUUGUUAAAACUUGUAUAAACUAUUUUGAACUGGGCUGAAGUUAGUUGAACUGGUUAAUACUGGUCUGACCUGGUCUCAACUGGUUUCCACACCUUCUAAAAUGUUCUAAACUAGUUUAAAUCAGCAUCCUGCGAUUGAACCAGUGGGAACUGGUCUGAACUGGUUUUAACUGGUUGUCUGAUAACUUUUUGAAGGUUUGAUUUUUUUCUUCUUUUUGUUUGAGUUGAAAAUGAUGCAGACAGGAAAUUGUUUUAAUAUUGUUUACAGAUGGAAAUGCAAUAAAAAUGCUGCAUGUGUGAAACA